CUGUAAUGUCAGACUCUUCACACUUUCACCAGGCCUAAGCAUAUCUUGCUUACCUGACAGCUGUGCAAAUACAGACCCUGGCAAUCAAGGUUAGUCUGAUGUGGGUCUCUGAGGUUUUAUAGUUUGCUGAACAGUGUACGAGUCACUUCAAAAAUAAUUUACAAAUGUGAGGCAUAGGGUUUAGAAGUGAUUGGAUUCAUAUUUGACACUCAAAAUUGAUUCACCAGACUCAAGCCUUAAGGCCACGAUGAAACACAAUUAUAUCAGUGGGUCUUGCUACUGUUGUGAAAUGACUCCCCCUUCACAGAAUGUCCACUGGCUACAUGACUCCCCUGUCAAAAAUUCUUUCUGGUGAACACACGUUUUUAUUGUUCCCUUUAAAGUGUAGUCAUCAAAGGAUGAAGGGAGGUCCUAGCCUUUAUUCCAUCGAGUUAUUGGCACAAACUAAUGGCACAAACAAACGUUUUCCAAAUCGUUACAUGCGUCAGAAUGACUGAACCAUACGUCAGCACCGUUUUCACUGUAGCAUACUUGUGAAAGCCGUUCUGACCCACUCACUGUGUUGCAGUUUGAAGCCUACCCAAUAGUUAUCUCUGGCCCUGCUUCUCUGAACUUCAAAAGACCAAAACAAAAGCAAAAGACACAGCAUGUCCCAGAGCAGGGAAGAAAUAACAACCACGGUGUAUUUUUUCCAGCAUUUUACAACACCCAUUUUCUCCCCUGUGUUCCAUGUCUCUCUUUUUUUCCCUGCGUUUGUCUCUCUAACCGUCUGCGGGCCAUAUGGGCUCUUGCCUGGUCUCCCUGGCCCCUGAUGUGGCGUCUUCCUAGUGCUGUCUUCUCAUCCCUGCAGCGUGCUACAAGCUAAUUACUGAGUCACAGCCCCUGCCGUGCUGACUCCAGCACCCACCCCUCCUCCCAAAGACAUUAGUCCUACCCAGUCCCUCCAAGGCGUUCUGGUGGGCUCUAGACCGCCUCCUGGGUGGUGGGAGGCCCUUGAGAUCUGGAGUGUGCGGAUGUUCCCUUAUUAACUCCAGGAAGUAAAGAAAUGAUGUCACAGGCUCUUUUGGCCACAUUCAGCGGCUUCACCAGGGAGCAACAGCGGCUCUCCAUCCCAAAAGACCCCCGUGAGUGGACAGAGGCCCACGUUAGAGAAUGGUUGACCUGGACAGUAAACGAGUUCAGUCUGAAGAAUGUGGACUUCCAUAAGUUCACCAUGGACGGGGCCAAUCUCUGCGCGCUGGGCAAAGAGAGAUUCCUGGAUCUGGCACCAGACUUUGUGGGUGACAUCCUCUGGGAGCAUUUAGAGAUGCUGCAGAAAGAAGACCCGAAGCAUUUCCCUGUCAACGGUCUGACCUCCAGUUUCCAGGAAUCCCGCUACCCCUCCGAAUACUACUUCAACUAUGGCAUUGAACAUCCUCAGUGUGUCCCUCCGUCAGAAUACUCCGAGCCGAGCUUCAUCACAGAGUCCUACCAGACCCUCCACCCGAUCAGCUCAGAAGACCUGCUGUCGCUCAAAUACGAGAGCGAGUAUCCAAACGUGAUACUGCGAGACACGCCUCUAAAUCCACUGCAGGGAGACUAUUUUUCAGUCAAACAGGAAGUUGUGUCACCUGACAACAUGUGUGUGGGUCGCAUUAGCAGAGGUAAGCUGGGAGGUCAAGAUUCGUUUGAGAGCAUUGACAGUUUCGAGAGCUGCGACAGACUGACGCAGUCCUGGAGUAGUCAGUCGUCAUUCAACAGCCUACAGAGAGUUCCCUCCUACGACAGCUUCGACUCGGAGGACUAUCCCACUGCACUGCACGGACACAAACAAAAGGGUACCUUCAAAGACUACGUACGAGAGCGCUCGGACCUCAGCAAGGACAAACCGGUCAUCCCGGCGGCUGCGCUCGCUGGCUACACAGGCAGCGGACCCAUUCAACUCUGGCAGUUUCUGUUGGAGCUCUUGACAGACAAAUCCUGCCAGUCCUUCAUCAGCUGGACUGGAGACGGCUGGGAGUUCAAGCUUUCCGACCCUGAUGAGGUGGCACGCAGAUGGGGCAAGAGGAAAAACAAGCCCAAGAUGAACUACGAGAAGCUGAGUCGUGGUUUGCGCUACUACUACGACAAAAACAUCAUCCACAAGACGUCCGGCAAGCGCUACGUCUACCGCUUUGUGUGUGACUUGAAAAGCCUGCUGGGAUACACUCCCGAAGAGCUGCACACCAUGUUAGACGUGAAGCCCGACGCGGAUGAGUAAACUUCGGACUUUGGAAAUAAUAAAAAAAGGCUGAAAAAGUCCCUGGAAAGAAAACAGGGCGUCCAUUUUUGGGUCCAAUCACAUUCCAUCUUAACACUUAGUCGUGGUCCAGUCUUGUUUUGAGCUCACACGGGACAGCGUCAAAACAUUCACCAAAGUUUAGAAUCCGUAGACUUUGCGCGUCUGUAUUGUUUAUAGCUCUGCGGGAAGGGAAAACUCUAAGUCCAGGUAGACCCAGUAGCAUAAACACCGGGAAGGAACAGAGGACAAUAAGAUGGACAUUUCUUGGACUGAACGCUCCUGUUAUUAAACACGUUGCCAAAAUUAGAGACAAGAGGAAUAUCGCAGAAAUAUUUACGAUUGAGUUACUUACUGUUUCUGUCUCCUUGCAUACCCAACCACGAGGAAGAGUUCUCAGCCGGACCAAAAGAACAAAAAGUGUUUUAUUUUUUUUAAUAUUGUUUCUUAAAGAUCUAUAUGUGUCAGUAUUAAUUUGUCGUAUUGCGAUGCUGUCCGGACAGAGAUUGCGCCAUUUUUUUUGUAGGUUUUCAUAUGAAGGUCUAUUGAAGUCAAACCGUGCUUAGAUAGUCUCUCCGCUUCUUUUAAGGUCACGGUUGGUUACGGUUUGCUCUUACCACAGUGUCCAUAAACGCUGUUUUUGAUCACCAGAUCAAAAUAGAUACCAGAGUCUCGCCCUUUUCAGUUGAAAGAGACGUACCUCAGUCAAACUGAGAGUGUGAGUGAGAGACGCAAAUGAAAGCGGCCGUUGGCUUCUCAACGGUGACACGCUUGUGGUAAGAACGAGGUGUCGUUUUAUCACUUGUAUUAAGACAAAAGACAUCAGACGUUUCUUGCCUCGGUUUGUUUGUACGUGAACGGUUUUUCAUAAAGUUUUGCCUUAAUAUAGCACUUGCUGUGAUUUCCCAAGGUUGACUGAAAUGUGUGGGCUGGUGAAAACUGAAAUGUCACUCAAACGGUUUGCUGGCAGCCAUAAAGCGAGGCCUUUUGACCUUGGGACGACGUGGCUCCAGUUAGCCAUGCUGAAAGCAUGCAUCGGGAUUGGCAAAGUACGUGAGAUGGAUAUCGCAGCAGAAACCAAGGAUCUGUUGGGCUGCGUUCGAUUGUCCAGAUGGUUUGUGAAAGUGUUACUGUUAGUGGCUGAUAUAAGGUUAAGAUAGGAGAUCAUGCUGAUACUUUAGGCAGCUUUAAAGAUGGCUAACAUACGUCACGAGAUCCAACAUGGGAGUAAGUUUCACAAUGGCUCAGCGGUUAUAUUACAGUGUCCCGGAGAAACUGCACAUGAAGAGUGUUACCAGUAUUUUCAGUUCCUUUAAAGACUGAGUGGCUUUGUGUUUUCUUCAGCCCAGCGUUUCUCUGUGUGGGAAGGGUCUCGCACACAAGACCUUGUGGGAAAAGCCAAAGUAAAGAGCGUUCUUCUAAGAAAACAAACCGUAUUGUUUACAGUGGCAGAAUGCUACCCAUCCUGAUUGGUGUAGCUUUGGAAUUGUCUAUUUUUACAGAUAACAUUUCAUUAAAUGGCUAGAUUAAACAAUAAACUGGGAACACAUUCGUGAGAGCUCCGAAUAGAAGUCUUUAAUUCAGAGAUGAGCUGGUUUCAGUCGCAACCGUCCUUCCAUGAACAACAAGCAAAAAAAGUGCUACAUCACCUGAACAAGCAGCUUAUAGAGUUAGUCUCUCUGGAAUAACGAGAGGAAAGCGUGAGUUUGUUAAAGCCACAACCGAAAGCCAGCGGCAUGUUACAUGACUCUUUAUUUGACAAGGUCCAAAUCAUAAUGCAGUCUUUGUCCUGAUUGUAAAAGUUGCAAAAGUGAUGCAUUUUGUGUGAAAAUGAACACUUUUGACGGAUACAUAAAUGCAUAUUCAUAUCGACGAGUGUUGUUUUUAUUUCCCCACAAUUUUGCCUUAUUUUGUAUGUUUUAUAUUUCUGUAUUUUUCUGUUCAAAAUUAGAAUUUUAAUGUAUUUAGUUCACAAGCAUUUUGAUAUUUUUCAAUAAUUUAUAUUUUAUAAACUUUGAAAUAUGAGAUGCAGACAGCUGGUGCUUUCGUGGGAAAAAAAAUAAAAAUAAAUAAAUAAAAAUAAGGUAGCGCAGGACAAAAUGUAGCGAAUUUUCUUUUAUAUGAAAUACAAAAAAAAAAGAAAGAAAAAUGUCAAAUUUAAGGAAUUUAAAGACCUGUCUGCUUCUACAGUUCUGUAUAGAUAAGGCUGAUGCUGGCCCAUCAUUAUGUUCCGCUGGAGAGUUUUAUAAACAGUAGCUUCUAUUUCUUAUUGUACUUUAAAUUGUUAUGUUAUUAAAAUAUAUGUGGAGAAAAUGA